GUGACGUAGCGAUAUCGUUCUUCCAACGACAAAUCAAAGAUGUCUGAAAUCUGAGGAAACGAUUGAAAAAAGUACUACACAAUAUCCGUGCAAAUCUUCCGUAGGCUCAAGAAUAUCACGAUAUACUAAUUAAUUUCUGAACGUUCUGAAAUUCAUGCUACAACUGACAUCAAUAUUUAUCUACCAAAGUGUUAAGGUCGACAGUAUUUUUUACCAACAAACGGCACGGAAAAUUGACUGCAUUUGCCAAAAGGUACACGCAGUACGUACGCAGUAUAAACGAACACUACACCGUACAUACUGUGCAUGUACUGUGAAUAAUGGCUACUCGUCUAGACGGAUUUUGAAUUGUGCUUCUACAAUGUAUGACUGAAACAACCAUGAAUUUUGUGCUUGGACUCGGAGCCUCUUACAUGUACGCCAUGUGAAUUGAAGUUCUUGGACAGUUGACUAAUUCAUAUUCGUCUCCUCAUUCGACAUCGGUGCUUGUUUGGACAUUUUGGUUACAAUUUCAACUGGCUGUUGGCUACGGUACGGUACUUGUCGACAAGGGAAGAGACGGAGUAGACACGCCACGCAUGCAGCGCAGUGCUUGUUGAGUGGCGACCAUACGGAGCGGUUUUGCCUGGGCCUCUGAGCCCGGCGCGUUUCCGUGACGUGAUGGUGUACCGUUCGACAAAGCCCGCUGUCGUGAUCUGACUAGUGCUGGCCAGCUUUACCGUCAACGAACACAUGACGAACAAAUCGAACGCAAUUGAUGGACUGUGUGUAGACUACGUGUGAUUUCUUCCUGAGUGCUUCACUUUCAGAUUUGAAUGAAACUCAUGCUUUUCAAAUAUUUUUUUGUGUGAACACAGGAUUACAUGUGAGUGACUGACUGAAAGGUGAAAGACGUGUGCCAACACAUAAAAUACAAUAUGCCAAGCAGUCAUAAGAAUCGGGGUGGAAGCCCCAGUUAUUAUCAUGAACACAGAGAUAGCCCUAGCAAGAGGAAACAUAGCAAGUCCUCAAAGUCUGGACGACACAAAAGUAAACGCUCGCGGGACAAGGUCAAGGAACAAGUUGUUAAACCUUUGGUAGAGUAUGACGAUAUUAGUAGUGAGGACUAUUCUUUAAGCCCCGUACCUUCUCCGCCACCGCAGAAGAGUAGACCGUCCCCUGACCCUCCGAAGAAACGGAGACAUGUGUCCCCAGCAACGGCGAUUAAAAAUUAUGCGACUCAACAAGGGAGGGAUUCUCCGCAUUCUUCAAACUCUAGGAGUUCUUCCUCAAGAAGGCCGCCCUCCCCUGAACCUUACCCUGUGUCGCAAAAGAGUUACUCAUCUUCCAGACAUGGAAGAUCCAAUGAAGCCUCUAGGCCAAGGGCUUAUCAAAGCUCUCCCCCUCCUCCAACCAGAUACCACAGUCCACCACCCAGGUACUCGGCAUCUCCUAAGCGAUCUAAACAAUCAAAGAGUAAGCAAAAGUAUAGGAAAUCGCCUAUGAGAAGCAGGAAGAACAGAAGUCCAAGUCCGGACUAUUACCAGAUGUCCAGGCAAAGCAACAAGUCAAGAAGUAGAAGUCCCUCCUACAGCAAAUCUAAAACUAAAAGCAGGAAGAGGCAUCAGAAGGUAUCCCGGUCUCCCAGUGGCAGUCCUUACCGAAGACCUAAACACACUCCGUCCAGAUCCCCUUCACCUCCGCCUUAUCGUAGCAAGAAACGGGCACGGAGCCCUUCACUUGAUUUUCCUGCUACCAAGUAUCAUUCUUCCAUUGGAGGAGAAGUCCUCAAAUACAGGAAGAAAAAUAUUCAGGCUGUGAAGACCAAGGAAGUUAAACAGGAGAAGGAACCUUCUCCAGAACCAAUGCCAGAACCUGUCAAGGUCAAAAUGCCAAAGCCAGAAAGCCCAAUGAUUUUUACAAUUAAAAAUGACCUGAAGGAGAAGGAAACUGCCUCACCUCAGCGGACAGUUGUGGAAUUGCCAGAUAGAGGCCUUGUUAUAAAGAAAGAAAUAAAACCAGUUGUGCCGUCUCCUGUCCCAGCACCUGAACCUGAACCAAAAAGAUCCUCUCCUCCCCCAAGGCAAGCUCCAGCAAAACCACCUUUGCCCCUCCCGCCUACGAUAGAUGCAGUGGACAGUCCUAUGAGAGUGGUGAAAGAUAAAGGUGAUGUUGCAGAGCGGAUGCGAAAUCUAUCCAGGGAUCGAGCAAGAUCAAGGACAUCAAUAUCAGAUCUUCCACUCCCUCCGAUGGCUCCAACUCCUGAAGAAUCGCCAGUGGACACUCCAUCACCUCAGACGCAGCCACGGUCAAAGACUAAGGAGAAGGAGGCGAAAGAAUCUAAGGUUGACCUUGGGAAGCGGGAGAUGAUCAGACAGCGGAGGGCAAAGUUAGCUGGAAGCUCCUUGGAUUGGGGAGAGAGGUGUGUUGAUGUCUUCGAGAUCAUCAACCAGAUUGGAGAAGGAACCUAUGGCCAAGUGUAUAAGGCUCGGGACAAAGAUACAGGUGAACUGGUAGCUUUGAAAAAGGUGAGGACAGACAAUGAGAAAGAGGGCUUUCCAAUCACAGCCGUCAGAGAGAUUAAGAUCCUAAGGCAGUUGAACCAUGACAGUGUAGUCAGGCUCCAUGAGAUUGUCACGGAUAAACAGGAUGCACUUGACUUUAAAAAGGACAAAGGAGCCUUCUAUCUGGUAUUUGAGUACAUGGACCAUGAUCUGAUGGGACUACUAGAAUCAGGACUUGUGAACUUCAGCGAGGAACAUGUCCGUAGCUUCAUGAAGCAACUUCUUGAUGGCCUGAACUACUGUCACAAGAGGAACUUCCUGCACAGAGAUAUUAAAUGUUCUAAUAUCUUACUGAAUAACAAGGGCCAUAUCAAGCUGGCUGACUUUGGUUUAGCAAGAUUGUACCAUGCUGAUGACAAGACCAGGCCUUACACCAACAAAGUCAUCACCCUCUGGUACCGGCCACCAGAACUCCUGCUCGGAGAAGAGCGUUAUGGUCCAGCAGUAGACGUCUGGAGCUGCGGCUGUAUCCUGGGGGAGCUCUUCACACAAAGACCCAUUUUCCAGGCCAACCAGGAGUUGGCCCAGCUGGAGCUGAUCAGCAGGAUCUGUGGCACACCUACCCCAGCAGUCUGGCCGGAAGUCAUUCGCUUACCCCUCUUCAACACCAUGAAGCCCAAGAAGAUGUAUAACCGUAGGCUCAGAGAAGAAUUCUCCUUGUUACCCAAAGAUGCCCUUGAUCUAUUAGAUGGAAUGUUGACCCUUGACCCUGAUAAGAGAACCACUGCUGAAGAUGCGCUGAACUGUAUCUGGCUGCAGGCUAUCAACCCAGGAAAACUGACCCAGCCAGACUUGCCACAUUGGCAGGAUUGCCAUGAACUGUGGAGUAAGCGCAGACGGCGACAGGAAAGGCAGCAACAGCAGCAGGCAGCUGCUCAGAAUCGAGCAGGCAAUGGGACAGAGCAAAGCCACUCUAAAUCCAGUCGCAAAGAGCCCCUGCCUCCUGCAGUAACCGAGGAAGAAGCUACUCAUAUACCUGGACUAGGGUCAGAAGAGUCGGGUAGCUCAAAGAGAGGAAGCAGAGCCCCAAGUCGGUCCAACACACCCCAAGCCUGCAAAGAGAGUAAGGAUCCUUCGGGAGAUGGAGGGAAAGGGUCAGGAGAAAAGAAGCUUGCCAAGUUGAUAAACCUGCUUCAGGCUCAGCCCCAGCUGGAUGUCAACAAACUCGCAGAAACCCUCAAUGUGCAAGUUGAUGCCUCCACAAUCAAGCUCUUGGAGAACCUGAACAUGCAGCUUUUAAUUGCAGCACAUGCAACCAAACAAAAGUCCAAAGAAGAUGAGGCGAAGCCAGCACCGUUGCCUAAUAAAGAAGUCACUACAGAUUUGCUUGUCAAGGCCUUGGAAGGGUCCAAAGGAUCAGGUGGUGCCCUGGAGCAGGUGUUUGGGACUUCAUCAUCGGAGCAGAAAAAGCAUGCUAAGGAAAUUGCAACCUCUCUUGCCCAAUAUGUCUCUGCCCUGUUUGGUAAACCAGUCAAUCCUUCAAAAGGGGCAUCUGACCCAGCCCCCUCUAGUGUCACGAGUCAGGGUAAAGGUUAUGGAAAUGCCCAACAAAGCACAUCAAUCAUCACUCCACCCUCGGACUCCCGUAGCUCUUUUGCGGACAAUUAUGGCAAUUCUCAGGGAGGAGAAUCUUCCAGUAUGUCAUAUUCAAGGGAAAACUCCAGACCAGAUUUUGGUGUGUCGGAUGACUCGCAACAGAGCUGGAAACCCCCAACUCCUCUGGGGCCACCACCAGAGUCACCAGAAGCGGAAGAGCAGGAGCAGCAACAUGCAGAAGAUACCAAUUUGGUGACUCCCGGUGUAAAGGCUGCCUUGAUGCAGAUGAUUGCUCAGCAGGGUUUAUCUGAGCUGGGUAUCGAUCAGCAGCCUCUGGACCCUAACUUGCCCCCACCGCCAGAACCGGCCCUUCCACCCCCAGACAGUGCACCUCAGGAUCCCUUCCUACCUCACUCAAAACCCAUCUUUCCCAGUGGACAGUACUGCAAAGAUGACCCAUCCAAGGCAUCAGGAAGUGGAGACAGAGGGAACUUGUUCCCUGCAGGGAAGAACAAGGGUAAAACUUGGGGUCCUCUUCCUUUCAAUCGAGGGGGUGGUAGAGGAGGGUUCAAGGGAUCACAUCGAGGUAAUAAGAAGGGUCCAGUAGGGCCAGGGACAGGAUGGUCAUGAUGAUUGUGAAAACAAGAGUUACUUUUAUUUUUACAGUCUUCUUGUAGACAGCGAGAAUAUAUCAUGAUUUAGGUAUGAUAACUGUCUUAUUUAGAUGUUCCCUUGAUCUCUCGUUUUGUACUAGAAGGAUCAGCUGAUGAAAAUUUUUUUAAAGUGUGACAUGACAUAUUUAUCAAAAGUGGAUUUGUGCUUUCCUAUGUUAUAAAUAUAUCUCAAAAUCACCCAAUGUAACUGAUUAUUUGCUACAUGUGUCAUAAGUUCUCAUGUUUUGCACUACAAGAUUUAAACAAACUAAAUUACAUGUAGCAGAAGCCCUCAACAGAAAAGAAAGUAGGAUUGUAUCAAGUUAAGUGAGCUUGACCUAAUGAAACAUGCGUAGUUGCCAAUUGUAUGUUAUAGAGUAUCGUAAACAAAGUUUUUUCAGAGAAAUUAUUCCUUCUAUCAAGUUUUAGAUAUAUGGCAAGACCACAUGUUUUUAAUUCCAGCUCCAUUGGAUUUGCCUUUUUAUAAAAUUGGCUAUCGAAAAUAAAAUGGGCAGUACAGUGACCAUUGUUUGAGAUUAUUUGACGAUUAUUCAUUUGGAAUGAUAAGUCUCCCAUAUUUCUGCUGGCCAUAAUCAGUAUUGUCCAGCCUUAGUAAAGAGGAAAUGAUUGCAAUAUUCUUGAUGGGGAAUAAUGAAAAUAUAACGGGAUAAAUCAGAGAUGAUCUUGUUAUUUCUUUCUACCCAAAA